CAAGAAGACUUACAGUUAAGAGUGCAUUUACUAGCGCUUCUGUACAAGAUCAGAUUAUUCGCUCGUCAUGUCAUAUACUUCAUAUCAGUGCAUUUUGCUUUUCAUCUGGGGUUUACAGCCGACACUGCACGAAAAUCUGAGUGAUCAAUUGGAUGGACGGUUGCAUUAACGUGAGGGAAAAAAAAAUUAGCCUCUGGAUUUCAAUACGAUGCUUUUAAUGGAAGAAUACUGUUACAGAAGAAAUAAUAGGCUGCGGUCAGCAGAUGAACAUCAUUAUGCUGUUGAAGCCAAGAAAAUUAAACAACAUACUUAAUAAGAGAAAAGAACAUCAAUAAAAGCUGGAACUGAACAGACAGUUUUUUUUAAAUAUAUUUACUCUUUUGAAUAUCAAAAUAGAUUAUAUUCAGCUUUUUAUUCUCCAUCACCUAUUUGAUUUCUGCCUUUUUCUUCACAUCUUGUGUGUAAAUACUCACAUCAAGAGGACUAAUCAUGCAGGAAAAUGUGAGCUCCAGAAUGGACACCCCCACUAACAUCUCCCUGGUGGGGUCUGGGGAUGCUGUGUCCGAGUCCCUGGAGUAUAAGACGGUAUCUGUGUUCCUGGUGCUGCUGGUGUGUGGCGUGGGCAUAGUGGGAAAUGUCAUGGUCGUGCUGGUGGUUCUUACCACACGGCACAUGCGUACACCCACCAACUGCUAUCUGGUGAGCUUGGCCGUGGCCGACCUGAUGGUCUUGGUGGCCGCGGGUCUGCCCAAUAUCUCAGAGAGCUUGAUGGCCACCUGGGUGUAUGGGCAUGCUGGGUGCCUGGGCAUCACCUACUUCCAGUACCUUGGCAUUAAUGCGUCCUCCUGUUCAAUUACAGCCUUCACUGUGGAGAGAUACAUCGCUAUUUGUCACCCAAUGAGGGCUCAAACGGUCUGUACGGUAUCCCGAGCCAAACGCAUCAUUGCCGGAGUGUGGGCUUUCACCUGUGUGUACUGUAUGCUCUGGCUGUUCCUGGUGGACAUCCAGGUGAACCCUGACGGCCGUGUUCAGUGCGGCUACCGUGUCUCUCGAGACCUCUACCUGCCCAUAUACCUGAUCGACUUCGCCAUCUUCUACGUGAUCCCGCUGCUCCUGGCCAUCGCUCUAUACGGUCUCAUCGCCCGAAUCCUUUACCUCAAUCCUCUGCCCCACCCACCAGACUCAGGUACCAUUAUCGCCCCCACUCUCAGGAGGAGCUGCAAAGAACCAGCGGACGCCGGAAAAGCAGGUCGCCAGGGACGCCCAAAGAGCGCUCUUUCUUCCCGGAAACAGGUCACUAAAAUGCUCGCAGUGGUGGUUGUGCUCUUCGCCCUGCUGUGGAUGCCAUACAGGACCCUGGUUCUUAUUAACUCCUUCGUGAGCACACCAUACCUGGAUGCCUGGUUCCUGCUCUUCUGCAGAACCUGCAUUUACGCUAACAGUGCGAUCAACCCUGUCGUUUACAACCUGAUGUCCCAGAAGUUUCGCUCGGCCUUCCGUGGGCUGUACCGCUGCCAUAGGGAAGAUGUGCAUCAGCGGACGCUCUCCAUGCUACAGAGCGGAUACAACCUUGGAAGGGACUCCCGACUUUGCAGCAACACCAACGGCACACCUAAGAAAACCAGUUCAGUCACUCCUGAGCAGCAACUAAACAAAGGCAUGGUGAACGACAAGGAAAAUAAAGACAAGCUAAUUAGUGAUGGUGUAAAAAAUGAGAUUGAGCCGAGCAUCAAGAAAAACGCUGUUAAAAACUGCAACGUAGAUGAACUGAAAAGCUCAGCUGACAAAGAGAUGCCUACAGUUGAGAAUGUGGACAUGAGCAAGAUUAAUGAUAAUGGGAAAAUAAUGGAGGAAAGCGAUAAUACCGCUCGGGGUAUUAUCGCUGUCAUGAGCAACACAGAGCAGACACAGCUAGAUGCCGAUGAAUUCAAAUCUACUGUGGGGGAAGCCGAACAGAAUGACACAGAGUUAAAUCACAGCAUUGUAUAGAUCGCUCCACUAUAUAUUGUAUAUAUUUCAUUGAAGUGGCAUGGUUGAUCGGUUGUUUAUUUUAAAGCCAUAUCUUGGGUUUCAAAACUUGUAUUUACAGGCGUCAUCCUCACUCUUCAGUGGAUGACUGGAGCCACUCUCUCCUCAUAAUUUACAAGUGGAACCAUUUGGCUGUCAGCACCAGAAACCCAUGCCUCCUAGUGCUAGAGCUUCAGCUAGGACUGACUGAUUUGUUACAAAACAUAUUAUUUUGAAGAAACAUUUAACAUCUCAUAUUGCUGCUGCUUAAGCAUAUAGACACUGAAACAGCACGGAACUAAUUUUAAAACAGGCAACAUACACUUGCCAACUUUGCAAAUGAUUACAGAGAAAAAAAUGGCAUUAUA